CUGGUCACGUCAGAUAUACUUGGUGGCCUUUGUUUUAUAAUCAUCAUUAUUGGAUGUAUUGGAAACAUAUUUGUCAUCUAUGUAUUGCUGAAAGACCGUAAAGCUGCACUAAGUGGUUCUAUUAACUUACUGUUGCUAAAUUUGGCAUUUGCUGACUUGGGCAAUUUGAUUGCUUGCUCCUCAGAUUUAGCAGUGAUACUAUACGGCAAAGGAUGGUUUCUACCGUCAGUUCUGUGUCCAUUGUUGCAUUUUUUGGAAGAAUUUUUUUUAUAUGCAUCUGUAUUAAUGCAGGCAAGUUUUAUUUUACAAUAA